GUCUUGAUUUGUUUUGUUGGUUGUUUUGCGCGGUUUUUUCCCAUUUCUGCUGAAAAUUUCAUGCCUUUUUCCUGUUUUACUACAGUCAGUUUAUUUUUAUUAAAAUGACUGAAGAAGAAAACUAUACAGAUGUUGAUUUAUCGGACAUGAUAGACGAUAGUGAACAUUAUGUUGAAAGUGAACCUCCAAACGCCGAAACACUCGAUCUAGCUGAGAAUCCGUAUUCGACCCACGAUUCAGAGCCUGUAAAUUCAGAAGAACCACUAUUAACUGAGAAGAAAACAACGAAUUCGGUGAACAAAAGCGAGGUUAUUAGGACAACGAGGUUGCCCAUGGCUAGGGUAAAGAACAUCAUGAAAAUGGACCCAGAUGUUAGUGUUAUCUCCGGCGAUGCUGUAUUCUUAGUUACAAAAGCUACGGAAUUAUUUUUGGAAACAAUUGCAAAGGAAACAUAUGCAUACACAAUAGCAAACAAGCGGAAAACAAUAUCGAAGAAAGAUCUAGAUUUAAUUGUAAACAAAGUUGACUGCUUGUGUUUCUUGGAAGGAGCUAUGGACUUUUAGAAUAGAUGUGUGAGUGAAUGAAUGUA